UUUUCAGAUUUUUUGAGCAGAUAUUUUGAUCCAGCUUCGGCGCUCCAGUUCAGAUAUUUUCAGCUCUCUCCCCCCUGGAAACAAGCUUAAAUAACACCCCAAGUUAAAUACUCAUUAUCAUAUCCCCUCCAUUUACCACACAAAAGCACCCCAGAAACAGUUUUGCACCAUUCAAUGGUAGCCAUGGCAACAACCCUCUCUUCACUAUCUUCCACCCCCAAACCAUCCUUCUUAGACCACAAGUCAUCCUUCCAUGGCACCCCUUUAGCUUCUCGCUUUACUCCCAUUAAAUCCUCCUCCCAAAUCUCCACCAUUUCCAUGUCCUUAACCCCUCCUUACGACCUGCAGUCCUUUAAAUUCCAACCCAUCCAAGAAUCCUAUGUCGCUCGUGAAAUGACACGCCGUUACAUGAUGGACAUGAUUACCUAUGCUGACACCGAUGUUAUCAUCGUCGGCGCCGGCUCUGCAGGUCUCUCCUGUGCUUACGAGAUUAGCAAAAACCCCAACAUCCGUGUCGCCAUAAUUGAACAGUCUGUUAGCCCCGGUGGAGGCGCAUGGCUCGGUGGCCAACUCUUUUCAGCCAUGGUUGUGCGGAAACCGGCUCACAGAUUCCUUGACGAGCUCGGCAUCCAGUACGAUGAACAAGAAGACUACGUAGUGAUCAAGCACGCAGCUCUGUUCACCUCAACAAUCAUGAGCAAGCUCUUGGCAAGGCCUAACGUGAAGCUAUUCAAUGCUGUGGCUGCUGAGGAUUUGAUCGUGAAGGAAAACAGAGUCGCCGGUGUGGUUACAAACUGGGCUUUGGUGUCAAUGAACCAUGACACACAAUCUUGCAUGGACCCAAACGUGAUGGAGUCCAAGGUUGUGGUCAGUUCUUGUGGGCAUGACGGACCAUUUGGAGCCACCGGAGUCAAGAGAUUGAAGAGUAUUGGGAUGAUCGAUAGCGUCCCUGGAAUGAAGGCACUGGAUAUGAAUACUGCCGAGGACGCAAUUGUUAGACUUACCAGGGAGGUUGUGCCUGGCAUGAUUGUUACGGGAAUGGAAGUUGCAGAGAUUGACGGAGCCCCAAGAAUGGGUCCGACAUUUGGAGCAAUGAUGAUAUCAGGGCAGAAGGCAGCACAUUUAGCCUUGAAGGCAUUGGGACAGCCAAAUGCGAUAGACGGGACCUUCAGCGAAGCUGAAAGAGUACAACCAGAGUUUGUUCUUGCUUCUGCUGAAACAGAGGAGAUUGUGGAUGCUUGAACAUAUUUGACAGCGGGUUUGAUUUUCAGGGAAUGGACUCCAUAAAGAUUAUAUGUAAAUAAAACUACACCGUUGUGGAAUGGUGUGUGUGAAAGACUGGCGCUGGACAAAAGGAGGACUUUUGCUUUGAGUUUUGGUUUAAUCGAGUUAUGCUUAAUGUCCAUAUUAUCUUAGAAAAUGAGGAGAAAAAAAUGUUAUGCAAA